CUCCCAAUCCCACAGCCCGGCCCAACAGACGUCCUCGUAAAACUCUCCGUAACAGGUCUCUGCGGCACCGACUUCGCACUUGCCUCAGGUGCCCUCGGCCAAACCCGCCCCAUCCUCGGGCAUGAGGGCAUCGGACGCGUAUCAAAACUCGGCUCUGCACUCAACGAAUCCCAAGUGAAACUCGGACAACGAGUCGGUAUAUCCUGGGUCCGGGGCGUCUGUGGGGAUUGCGCAUUUUGUCUACAUGAGGGCGGGGAGGGCGAGGCACAUUGCGCCGCACAGAUCCAUUCUGGACGGAAGGUUGAUGGGACUCUUGCGGGUUUCACAGUUGUGCCGUUUGAUUAUAUCAGUAUGCUUCCUGAGGGCCUUGAGGAUGCGGUUCUUGCUCCGGUUAUGUGUGGUGGUGUCACGGCUUAUAAAGCGCUGAAGCUUGCGAAUGUGGUUCCUGGGGCCUGGGUUGUGCUGCUUGGGGCUGGAGGUGGUGUUGGCUCGUUGGGGAUUCAGUACGCGCGGGCGAUGGGAUAUAGGGUUAUUGCUGUUGAUGCGGGCAGUGAGAAAGAAGAGGCUUGUUUAGAGCUUGGAGCGAGUGUUUACGUGGAUAUAAACCGGGAAGGGCUGGAUAUUGCUCGUGCGGUGAAAGGGCUAACUGAUGGCAAGGGAGCAAGUGCUGUUAUUGUCAUUGCAGGGUCUGCUCGUGCGUACCAGGAUGCAUUCCACCUUGUAGCACCAUUUGGGACGCUGGUGUGUGUUGGAAUCACGCCACUCUCGGAACCGAUACAGGUCCAUCCUUUAACCCUCAUUGAUAAUGGUAUCAGGGUGAUUGGGUCGAUGACUGGUACGAGGCAAGAUAUAGUCGAGGCCGUGGAAUUCGUGAGACGAGGAGAGGUUGUCCCAGAGGUUCAGAUAAUACCUUUGAAGAUCAUGGAAGGUAUAGGAGAAUUACGUGCGCAAAAUAAGGUGAGUCAUGGUCUACCAUUACUAACUAUUGCUAUCCUAUCUGACAAUGUGUUUAGAUUACAGGGAAGUUGGUGGUUGAUGUCACUUCAAGCUAGAAACAAGAGAUUUGAAAUAACGUGGUUACGAGUCCCGCAUAAUAACAUUUAA